UGGUACCCCUACGUGGGAAGAGCGUUCAGCGAUGGAGUCCUCAGUUUUAGAAACUGGCCCACUUUUUACUUCAGGAAUUAAGAGAUAUGUGAAAGACCGAAGAAUUUCAAAAACUGCCAAGUUGAAUGUUUCUCUGGCUUCAAAAAUCAAAACAAAAAUAAUAAACAAUUCUUCUAUUUUAAAAAUUUCCUUAAAGCACAACAACAGGGCAUUAGCUCAAGCUCUUAGUAGAGAGAAAGCGAAUUCUCGAAGUCUUACCACCGAAAAGAUGCUGUUGCAAAAAGAAGUGGAGAAACUGAAUUUUGAGAACACAUUUCUUCGCCUAAAGCUAAAUAAUUUGAAUAAGAAGCUUAUAGAAAUCGAAGCACUCAUGAAUAAUAACUUGAUAACUGCAAUUGAAAUGAGUAGUCUUUCUGAGUUCCAUCAGAGCCCCUUUGUGCGGCCAAGUAGCCCGAAGACACCAGUCAGUAAGCAGUGCACGCUGACACGUCUUCCGUUUGCAAGGGUCCCAUUAACUUCAAAUGAUGAUGAUGGUGACGAUGAUGAUAAAGAGAACAUGCAGAAAGAUAGCAAUUUUAUGUCAAAGUCAACACCUGAUCCUUACUCAUUGGUAUCAACAAAGCAACCUUUACCAGCCCAAUAUCCCCUGGAAUUAACACUUCUUAAAGAAAAGAACCAGAAUGUGCAUGAUUUAGAAGAUGCAGAUAUACUUUCCAAAGAAAGCCAUCCCCAUUCAGAGCAGAGUUCUAAGAGUUCCCUGGUGAGUGAGAGGCACCGUGUGCAGUGUGUCAGCCACAGAAAGGAUCAGCGCUCUUCUAGUAAGGUGACUGAAAGAAAGAGGCAUGUGCCAUCGAGAGUGUCAGACGAGCCCACUGCGGACACCCCUUUUGUGACAGAGUUAGGUCAACCACUGACUCCAAGUCCAGGUGUCCACUGGAGUGAGGAGAUUCCUGACCAAACUCAGGAGGCAAAUAUGAAAAUCCAAGGAGAGGUACAGUGCCUUCCUGGCUCGUCUUCCAAGUCUGUGGAUGAGCCUGCCACAGAGGGCGUUCACAAAGUCCAGGGGAACGAUGACUUACAAUUGCAGAAAACGGUGUAUUACGAUGCUGACAUGGACUUAACUGCUGGUGAAGUAAGCAAGAUUAUUACAGUUUCAACACGCAUCCAAACUAGAAGUAAUAAAGACACAAAUGGCUCUGAAGUGAAAACUUUCAGAAGGGUGAAAGAUUCGAGCUCUAAAAAAAAGAAAGAAAGAUUAAAAAGACAAGUGAAAAGUAGUGUAGAUGUAGCUAGUGAGGAGAAGAAUGAAAACAGGCAAGAAAGCUCUGUUGUUGCCAAUGGUAUAGGUGCUUCCGAAGAUCCAGAUUUUAUUUGCGGUUCUGAACAGCUGACUCAAGUGAAUCUGCUGCAGAAAGGAACCCUCCGUAAGGACUUGGACGAAGAUGACAGACAGCGCAUACAGUGUAACAAAAAGAAAGGUACACACUUAAUGAAUGAGCAAGAGGAAACAUGCGCUCCCCCCCACAGUUCUGAUAAAUCCCAGCAGGAGACUAACCGGGAUACAGGCCAGCUUUCCUUUACUUGCCCUAAAAGUAGAGCUUCAAGACAGACAUUUGUGAUCAAUAAGUUUGAAAAGGGUAACUUACUCUUAAGCCAAACGGAUAAAGAAACCAUUUGUGAAAAGCUAGAAGUUACAAAUGAAUGUCCAGCAGCUGAUCUUUCCACCAAAGAUCAUGGAAAUCUCCAUGCUCCUGAGACCCAGAACAUGUGGGGCUUGAAAGAACCUGUUGCUGACGUGCAACCUGCUCAGCAGAAUGAAUCUAAAGCGAAUAAGAAGCUUAGGCAGAAAACAAAUCGGAAAACAGAAAUAAUUUCUCAAACAAAGCAGAGAUCAGAGAAUUAUGAUAACAAUGCCCCUGAACUUGAAAUAGAAGACAUUUUCUUCCAAACUCAACAGACUAAAGAAACUGUCCCCGGCAAUGUAGGGGUCUCAAGUGAGUUCCGUGCUCCGGUGCGCUCCAUCAGAGGUGAUAGAAACCUAUGCAAUUGGGAGGUCCAGAAUGGGGACUUAGAUGAUUAUGGGACCCAGGGCAUGCUGGGCUUGAAAAGGCGUGUCACCAAUAUGCAGCCUGCUCAGCACAACGAAGUGAAAGUAGAUAAGAAGGUUAGGCAGAAAACAAAUCGGAGAACAGAAAUAAUUUCUAAAAUAAGCCAAAUGCAUGAGAAUAAUGUUAACGGUACGCAUGACCCUGAAACAGAAGACUUUUUCUUUCAAGCCCCAGAGAAUAAAGAAACCAUCUCUGGGAAUGCAGACGUCUCAAGUGAGUUUCAAACACUGCCUCUCUCCACCAGAGAUAAUAGGAACUUGUACAACUGGGAGAUCCCACAUGUGCUGGGUGUGCAAAAGCAGAUCCUAGAUAGGUACCCAGUGGAGAAAAAUGAGUCCAAAGUCAAUAAGAAGCUUAGGCAGAAAGUGAGUCGGAAGACAGAAAUAAUUUCUGAAACGAACCAUAGAGAUCCCGACAAAGGUGGGCUUUGCGCAGAAAAUGACAGCUUUGUGUUCCAAAAGGAGGACUCAAGUGGGUUUCCCACACCUGCUCUUUAUACCAAAGAUAGCGGAAGUCUCUGUCAUACUGGGACCCCGACACGUCGGGGGGCGAAAAAGCCUGCCCCUGAUGUGCAGACUGCUGGUCAGAAGGAGUCAGAAAUGCCCAAGAAGCUGGGGAAGAAGGUAGGUAGGAAGACGGAAGUCAUUUCUGAAAUGAACCAAAUAAAUGAGAAUAACCUAGAGAGAGGGAACUUACUUUCUGUAACCCAGAAGGAGAACAAAACCAUCCCUGAAAAGCCGGAAGAUGCACAUGAGUUUCAACUAGCUGAUUCUGCCACCGGAGGUCAGAGGACUGUCUGCGAUGAUGACACCCAGAGCAUGCUGGGCUUGAAAAAGCGUGUCGCUGCUCAGCAACAUGAACAAAAAGUCAGUAAGAAGCCCAGGCAGAAAGCAAACCGGAAAACAGAAAUCAUUUCUGAAGUGAACCAAAUAAAUGACUAUAAUAGCAGAUAUGCAUGUGACCCAGUCAAAGGCAACUCCUUUUCCCUUACCCCAAAAGAUAAAGAAGACUUUUUAGAAGACUUAGAAAUCAUCAAUGAAUUUCAAACAACCCAUCUUGCCACCAAAGAGAAUAGAAACGUAUAUGAUUAUGGAACCCAGAAUAUGUGGGGCUUGAAAAAGCGUGUCCCGGAUAAGCAACCUGCUCAGCAACAUGAAUCAAAAGUAAAUAAGAAAUGUAGGCAGAAUCGGAAAACAGAAAUAAUUUCUGAAAUAAACCAAAUAUAUGAGGAUAAUGACAAAGCCAGGCAUAGCCCAGACAGCCAUACAAACCAUCUUGAUUUUAAAAUAAGUAAGUCUAAACGGAGACGUGAAAGCCAGGACAUUAACAAUAGACACUGUAUGGAAAUCAACAGUAAUGAAAAAGAAAAUUGGGAUCAUAUUUCAAAUCCUUACAAACUAGUUCAAAAGCACAGGAAAGAGUCAUCCGGCAGGGCAAAGACCAUUGUGGCUAACUGUAAGCACAAUCCUGUCUUGCCAAUAACAGGUUCUCCACAGAAUUCUAUCUCCUUAGAAUUGGGUUUAAAACAAACUAGUAGUGAGUUAGAUUCUAAUUCUAGAAACGAACUUGAACUACAUAAGAAUCAGAGGCAAAGCACUUCAACUGUGAACAAAAAGAGAAAGUGCCCCUUUGUGGAAGUGAUGGAAGGAGGAUGCCAGGACCAAAAGGCAAAUAAAAUGACCUCCCAAUCAAAGAAAAGGAAGACUGUCCCCGGUCCUUGUCCUGGGAGUCUCGAAGUAACGGAGCUAACAUCGUCCACUCUCCAGGGCGAGUCAGUCCAAUUGGGACAAGUUGAUAAGGACAAAAACUUGGACAUUGAGAAUAUUGUCAACACCAAGCUAGAUUUUCACAGAAAGAAGUCUAAGCCUUCGUCUCAGAUACGUUUACCUCAAGUACAAGAUUCUUCCUGUAAAGCUGUUCUGGCGGAUUCAGUCCAGUUGAGUUUUUCUCCUAGAAGAUGUUCAAUCAAUGGAAGUUUUGACCUAGCAGACACACCAGUCCUUCAAGUCUGUGAUGAUGUCCCUGAAAAGAAGGGAGAGGUGAAAGGGACAGUGAACCGGAGGACACACCAGUCUGCAGCAGGUUAUAGAAUGCUACAGGACUUGACAAAUACCAGCUUUGUUUCAAAUAACACUCCUAAAUCUGAACGUAUAGCAGAAGAUCUAUCUUCAGAACUUCCAGGCAGAAGAAGAAGAUGUGUUCCUCUCUCUUUGAAAGAGCCAAGUCUCAAAGGGAAGAUGAGAAGAUGAGGUAGAUUUCUGGAUACUCAUUUUCUGAAUUCUUCGAGCAUAAAGCAUCAAACAGAUACAAUUGAGAUCCAGAGGAUGAAACACAUGUGCAGUCCCCGCCCCCCCCCAUCAUUUACCUUUCAUUGGAAUAUUGGUUGGCUCAUUCUUAUGUUUAGACACAUAUAUGUGUGUAUGUGGAUAUAAAUAUGUAUAUAUAUAUGUAUAUGGAACAGUUCUUUUGUAAUAUUAAUCUCUUAAAAUAAUUUUGGUUAUCAUAUAGCUUAUCUGUCUCUUCCUUUAAACCACUUUCUAACUAAGAGCUUUAAACCAAGUAAUAACUGUGAUCCUUUUAGCCAAAUAAAAUAAAUCAAUGAA